AUGAUGGUGUCUGCGUUCAGCUUUGGACCGGAAAGUUGUGUCUUUGCGAAACAACCGCGUUUUCAGGAAUUAGUUGCAACCGCCGUAAGUGCCGGAACAGUCAUUAACCUCGGCAUCAGUGAGGCACACGAUGUGAAUACUCGAAAGUCAAGCAAAUAUUGCCAUUCACUGCAAGGCGCCAGUUACAUGCUCUUGACCUACACCGAUGGUGCAAUGCAUACGUUGAAGGAUGAAUUUGUUAUAGGCAUUCAGGCUGAACGGAUAAACUCAUCUGUUGAAACACAUUAUCAACAGAACUUGGCAGCAACUUGCAGUCUGCUCUAUGUUGCAAACAAAAAGUUCACAGGAGAUUUUCUACACGUUUACUUGGUAGGUGGUUACCUUCAUUUAGACUGCGAUUUUGGCUGUGGCUUGAUGCACAUUACUGGAAAAACAGGUAGACAAUUCAACCAACAAGAAACUAUAUGGCUUGACGUUAUACCACUAAUAAAUUUGCCUUGUUGCAUCCCAGUAUUUUUAGUUGGUGUGUACUACAACGGGUUGCUGCUUAACGAUCUGGUAGCUGGAAUUUACCACCAAGUGUUUGUCAGGGUAACGACUUACGGUACUGUUAGGCACCUGCAAAAAAUUUCCAUUCGACCGGCGCCGGGAAGUCCAUUCACGUGGGUUUCAAACACCUAA